AUGGCGGCAUGGGGCGCGUGGACCGGCAUGCCUGCCGGCGCUACGGAAUGGAAGGUGCUGUACUUGCUCAUGCAUGGGCUGGUUCCUUCUCCUUCCGCCCCGGGGCCCCGCCGGAGCACGACGCUGUUCACGUCCCACGGCACCGCCUCUGCGGGGAGGACGCGAGGGCGGGUCGAGGCGCAGGUGGAGGCGCUGGCCGCCGACCGCGCGCAUCCAGAGGCGACAAGGGGUGAGGGGGAGGAGGCCUGCAAGGCGAUACUUCCGGGGGGCAAGGACACGCUCGCCGAACUCAAAGAGGGUGAUCUGGAGGAUGCCAGAGUUUGUAGAGCUCUUCUUGCCCUACCAAGCACUGAAUCUAAGCCGAAGGAAGUUCAAGAUCGUCUAGAGCUUGGUGAAGACACUGGGGAUCAUGAGCACAGUGUAAAAGCGCUGAGAGCAAACCUUAGAAAACUAAAGGGAGCAUUUGAGACCCUGAUAUCAAAGAAGGAUAAGGAUAUUUAUUCUGUAAAAGUUGUUCUUUUGAACCAGUUGAGGACAAUGGAAAAGGACAGCAUGCUCUCUGAGAACAAGAAACUAGAGGCAGCACAAGCUACUGAAGAAGCGAAGAAGCUUCAGCAGAACGUGCAGGCGCUGCGCGUCGCAACCCAAAACAAGGACAAUGAGAUUGGCAGACUCCAUGCAGAAGCUCUUGUGGCUCAACAGAAGCUACAUGAAAUGGAUUCCUUGCUGAAGGAGAAAAAUGAAAGUAUUGAAAAACUCCGUGCGGAAAACAUUGGAUUACGUGCUGUAAAGGAUUUUGUUUGGAGCCAGUUCCGGAUAAAGGAGCAGGAGCUGCUGGACUACGCCAUGCUUCUUAAGAACAAGGAAGUGGCGACAGCACAAGCUACUGAAGCUUCGCAAAAGCUAGUAAAGGAUAAUCGCACGAUGGAAGCAGAAGUUGUUGAUUAUGGAAACACGUUAUUGAUUCUAGAGGAUAAGCUAACGGACAUGCGCUCGUUGGUGAAGGAGAAAGAGGACGAAAUCCAAGAACUCAAAAGUCGCCAACCUGAUAUCACUAGUCUGAAGCGCAAGUUUGCCUCUUCCUUGUCAAAUGAGACUAGUAAAAAGCGCAGGAGGGAUAUCAUUGGGAUGCAUAUAUCUUCUAUUCGGCAAUGCAAGUCCGGCAGACAGUGUUUUGGACGUCGCACAGUGCACAAAUGGCUGCCUUUUUCUGUAGAGAGAGGAGAAGGAAGAACACAGAAGAAAGGAGCAACGGGAGAAGAAGAAUGGAGGAAGGAGAGGAAGGAAGGAGAGGAUAAGGCCGGGCCGGCCGGCGUGUCAGGCUACAGCCCCCUGUCGGCCAGCAGCUGGCCGAUCGGCGGGCGGUAG